AUGGCAAAGACGACGUGCAACGCCCAUGUGCAGCGGAUUGUGACGGAGCUACAUACCUAUGUUGAGCGACAUCUGGAAUACCAUGACGGAACUCCGCCACCGCUACAGCUGAACCCAUACGAGGAUGUCUCCAGCUAUGAAAGGCAUAGAGCCCACCUUUCGGAGCAGAACCUCGUUCAGUCGGAGGCGGAUCUAACCAUCUCGUCGGAGAGCCAGGUGGAAAGAUCCAAGAGCAAAUCGACUCCUAAGCUAGAUGGCUUGGUGUCCUGGGCGUCAGAUCUUUCCAUUGCGGCCGAUGAGGAUGCGAAAGAGUCUUUACUGAUCAAAGCAAUCAACGAACUCAUUGCUAUCGCGCAACAAAUUCUUGAGAUGGACCUGACGCACCUGAUGACGCCUGGUGCUUGCCGGGAGACCAUAUCGCGAUUGAUGGCGCUUCAAGCGUUAUGGAGCAAAAAUCGCGAUUGGGGAUGCGGCGAAUAUGUUGUCAGAUUGCUGAUGGCGUUCGCGGAUGUUGCCAGGAUAGUAGAGACUCUGGAGGAGGACACCAGAAUGUGGACGUACGUUGCAGCGGGAUCGGUUCAUCCUCAGUCUCAAGCGCAAGGUCCGCCACCAAGUCAUCCGCGCUCCACCUCUCGGACAAGACCAUUGCGACCGCCAAUGCUUCGACGCGACUCGUUGUCUUCGGCAUUCGGGGUCGAUACCAGUGGAGAUGACGAGGAAGGUUACCAGUCUCUGAAUGACAGCGCCGAUGCCAGCGAUUCGACCAAUCGCAUGUCACAACCGUCCGCGCCGCAACUUGUGAAGGCGCAAGAAGACUGGACACUCAACGAAUUGCGUGAAGCUGCUGGCGAGUCGCAGAGCGUCAAUGUCAUGAUGGAGAUCGGGUUCGAUGGGAAGAUACUCUACGUGUCUCCAGUGGUCAAGAUGGUGUUCGGAUACGAUGUUGAAGAGAUGCGGCCGUAUGUCGAUGAUAAAGUCACGGAGGGCUCGCAACUGCUCUCAAUCCUCCCCCCUGGAUCCCCCGAUGAGCAUAUCUUUAAGGAGGCCACCGCGAUGCUAGAGGAAGACGAGAAAACCACUGUCGAAAUCACGUACCGCGCUCGGCGAAAGGAUGGUCGCUGGCUUGAGAUGGAAGGGAAAGGGAUGGUGAAUUUCGAUCGGGUGACUGGAGCAAAACGUAGCACGAUUUGGGUGACGAGACCAAUUGCCCUCCUAGGAGAGGAAUGGGACGAUGUAGCGGUCAGCGACGAUAUGGAUGACACGGAACGAAGCGGCUCUGCCUUGUCUGCCCUCAUCGAAUCACCCUCCGUGCCCACCGCCCCUUUCACUGUUGAACCACCGACGCCGCAGAUCGAGGAACCCGGUUUGAAUCUUCCUUCCAUGGAUCUCGUCCUGUGCAACAUCUGUGAGCGGUCCAUUCCUGCUAUUCUAUUUGAAGAACAUUCCGAGAGCUGUUCCCAAGUGCAUCGCAUAGAAAUGGAUAUUGUGCUGUUAAAUGAUGAACUUCGAGACGCCAGGGAACAGUGUAGCGAAAGGAUUCGGGAUUUGGAGGCCGAACUGAAGGAAAAAGGUGACGAGCCAUCGGAACAAUUAUCGGGAAACCCAUCGAUUCCGGAGUUACGGUUACCCAACGUCAAGGGUGUUGAGGAGUACAUCAAGAACCUGAUCAGUAUCAUGUCGUUGCUUCUGGAUGUCAUUGAGGAUUGCUUGCGAGUGAAUAUUCCUGACUUAUCGGGUGUGGACGAGGGUGAACACGACCCACCAAACGAGACCGAGUUCUAUCCGCCGGAGCUAGAUUCUACGUCGAAUAUCUCGGUCACCCGAGCGUUGGACUACUUGCCGCCUGACACAGACCAACCACCGGUGUUUGACACGAGCUUGGUAGGACUUGGGCUUGGGGUAUACCAUCUGGCUACGGACAUCAAAACUUUGGUCAAGACAAAAUGCGAAGGCGUUGAGCAAUUGAAGACAGACAUUGCCCGAUACCGCGAGCUAGCAGACAGAGAGGAAGCUGUCAAACUUCACAUCGGUAUACAGACGGGUACGAUCGCUCAAGAUAACCUGGCCCUGCCGACAAAUCCGGAAGUUGACGGGGAGAUAAGCCGCUCUACAAGCGACGAUAUCGGUGGUAGCGACACGAAUCUUGCCGAUGCCCCGGAGGGCACUGGAAAGUCAGCACUUCCGGCAGCCAACAACCUUGCUAAACCGCCAUCUCCACCUCGCAAAGAGUCUCGCAAUCCGAACGCACGAGAUCGAUCUCGAGACAGACGGAAGCUCAAGAGGCGGAAGAACAUCAAAGUAAGGCCGGUGAUGGAAGCAGACUUGUCGGAUGCGAAUCAGGCGGACAGCAGCGGAAGCCCAAGGCCCCCGCGGAUGGUGGUGACUCGAAGCAAAACCCUCGAAGUCGAACUCAUCCCCACGACCUUGCGUAAUGAGACAACCGAUGACAAGCGUCAAUCUAGCGGGAGUUACUUCACGUCUGGAGGAUCAGGCGCGGCAAUAGCCAGUUCAGCCCCACUUCCUGGAACACCGGGAGGUUUCCCGGGAACUCCGGGAAGCAUAACCUCGUUGGGGUCUAGCGGUGGAGGCUCUGGCAUGUAUGCGACAACGCCAGUGCAACGAUCUGUGCCGAGCAUCAAAGACUUCGACAUCAUCAAGCCUAUCUCGAAAGGCGCAUUCGGCUCGGUAUAUCUAGCCAAAAAGCGGCUGACCGGCGACUACUUUGCGAUCAAGGUUCUCAAGAAAGCAGAUAUGGUUGCCAAGAAUCAAGUGAUGAACAUCAAGGCCGAGCGCAUGAUUCUCACGCAGCUUGACAGCCCAUUUGUGGUCAAGCUAUAUUUCUCCUUUCAAAGUCGAGAGAAUCUGUACCUGGUGAUGGAGUAUCUCAAUGGUGGCGAUUGUGCCGCUUUGAUCAAAGCGGUUGGCACCCUGGACGAAAAAUGGGCGAGUCAGUAUGUGGCGGAGGUUGUUCUGGGUUUGGAGUUCUUGCACGGCCGAGGCAUUGUUCACAGAGAUUUGAAGCCAGACAACAUGUUGAUUGAUCAGGAUGGCCAUAUAAAGCUCACGGACUUCGGGCUCUCCCGGGUCGGGUUUCUUGGGCGUAGAGCAAGGGACUCGUUCUUAAAUACAUCCUCGGCGGCCCCGACAGGUUUCUCUGGAAUCCCAGGCAGCCCCAAUAUGAGCGCCUUGUCAAUGUACUCCUAUGGGCCCGGUACUCCGACCACACCCACUUUUUCACCAUCGUCACCUUUGAAGCUGAAUGAACAGUCAUAUGGCUCUGCCUACCACCUCGGUCGCCACAGCCGUCGUUCGUCCGUGGCCAGCAACAACAGCAUGACCAGUGAACGAGGAUACACUGAAGGUGGGAUGGGAGAGCAUCAAGCUGCCAUGGCUGCGGCCGCGAUCAGUGGCAACGGCAUUGCAGGCAACAAAGCGUUUGCGGGCACCCCUGAUUACCUAGCGCCCGAGAGUAUCCUCGGUUUGGGUCAGGGUACGAGUGUGGACUGGUGGGCUUUGGGUGUCAUUCUGUACGAAUUUAUCGUUGGCGUACCUCCAUUUCAUGCACCAACUCCUACUCAAGUGUUCGAGAACAUUUUGACGCAUCGCAUUGACUGGUGUGACGAAGAAGUGGAUAUGUCGGCAGAGGCCCGGGACCUUAUGGAGUCUUUGAUGUGUCAAGACAUCGAGACUCGACUGGGGACAAGGGGAGCCAAAGAAGUGAAACGACAUCCAUUCUUCAAAGAGCUUAAUUGGGAGACACUGGCAGGCGAAGAAGCAGCCUUUGUACCGAAGCUGAAAGGCGCCGAGGACACGGACUACUUCGACGACAGGGGUGCGAAGGAUAUCAGCAUAGCGGAAGUGAAAGAGUCCGAGGAACUUGUGAAGACUGCUAGAUCCGAGACGCCAGUUGAUGAAGGCAGCAAAUCGUUCUCUUCAUCCGCACUCAAACCGCCGACCGAGUGCUCGGAUAUCCACCCAAUUGCAGACACAUCCAUGAACGCCUCUAGCUGUCGGUCAAUCGACUCGGAAUCUCGGGAAGAAAACUCUGCGGAUUUUGGAGAGUUUGUGUACAAGAAUCUGCAGUUGCUUGAGAAAGCAAACAAUGACCUUGUCCGCAAGAUCCGAAGUGAAUCGAUAGGAUCUGCGAGCGACAUUAGUCGCUCACGACACCGGUCGCUUCCGGCUGGAGUAACGAGCAUACCGUCGCUCACUGGCACUUUUUUGAACUCACCAACGUCUCCCUCACCGACGCCGCUACCACCUUCCACGUCUUCAGCCCCGAGCAAUGCUCCAGGGCCACUCCCUAUUCCAUCGUCAGCCACGACAAGCAACGCGCCUCUUGAAGGGAAACCGUCGGAGCCACAUGAAUACCUACAGUCGGCAAAGGAGCAGCUGAUGAAAGAGAGGAUCCUACCGGCGUCUGCUGUUGCGCUUGGCAAUGCGCCAGCCGCCUCAACUAUACCCGGCGGAACCUUGUCAUCACCCCUUUCGAUCAUACCCCCAUCUGUUUCGGGACAACAUCCUUCUGUACCAAACACAUCCGCUGCGGGACAGGGAUCGCCCGGUGCAGGCGGACGCAUGUUCGAUGUGCUGAUCGCGGAUGAUAAUCCUGUCAGUCUGCGUAUUUUGGAGAAGAUGCUCAGCAUGCUGGGCUGCCGAUGUGUUAUUGUUCGGAAUGGUGCCGAAGCGAUCCGGUGCGCGCUCGGGGAAGUGAAGUUUGACGUUAUAUUCAUGGACAUUCGCAUGCCUAUAGUCGAUGGAGAGACGGCAGCACGAAUGAUCAAAACGACGAACAAUGUCAACCAGCUCACACCGAUCGUGGCCAUCACCGCUUAUGAGCAAACCUACCACCUGAGUCAGCAAUUCGACGAUACCAUGAGCAAACCUAUCAUGAAGGACGUUCUCCAAAGAAUAUUGAAUGCUGUGGGUGGGAGUGGAGGCGCCGUACCGACCAACUAUAGUGGACAACCACCCGCGGCUCCCAAGGCUUUAGUUGGAACUGGCGCUAUCGCUGGUGCAAAGCCAACGAUUCCCAACGCCGCCCCGGUGAUUUGA